AUGUCUAGUCCUUCGAUUCAAGCAUCUAAUGAAGAACCAACUGUUGAGCCUAAUGUUGAACCUACUGUCGAACUCGUGGUUGAGGAAUCUUUAAGUAAAAUUGAUGGAAAACCUAAAAAGAAAACAAAUGUUAUUCUAAAUUGCCCACCAAUUCCCCAUCCUCAACCAUUCGAUUCGAAUCGAGAACUCCUCCCUCGACCUUUCCAUCCUCAACAAUCUUCUCCUUGUCCUUCAUGCUGUGUCGAUGGCGGUGAUGGCGGUGAUGGUGAUGGCGGUGAUUAUGGUGUUUUCGCCGCUUCGCAUCGCCCUCCGCCGCCUCCGGCGACGGCGAUCGGUGCUUCUUUAAUGAUGGAGACUGGAGAGGCUCUUGAUCUUCGAUUUCCAUGGCGAAUAUUGAAAAUUUUAUGGUUAGGGUUUGUGAAGGGCGCUAUCGGUAUCGCUCUUUUAGGGCUUUUUCCGAGGCUGAGAUCUAUCGAGGAUUUAGCGAAACGACGAUUGAGAGAAAUUAGCAGCAUCCUCUGUUUCCAAUCCUUAAAUAAUGCGUCCUUGGCCACCAGAAGACGUUCUUGCUUACUUUUGUAUAAAGCAUUCAGAUAUUUUCAGUUCUUCUUCUCGUGCACUCUUGUGUGCACAUAUAAAGGAGCCUACGAUGAAUAACAGGAGUAU